AUGAAUGUCUUACCUCUCUGUACGCUGUUCCAGCUUUUGUCAGUUACUGUUCCUCAGACAAUAGUCCUGCAGAUGCCAGCACUUCAGACGGUCUCCAUUGGAAACACUGUCAAGUUGCAUUGUCACACGGGUUGGUUGGCGUACGAUGCUGUUUUCUGGUAUAAACAGCAGCUACGAGAACGUGUGCAACUCGUUUACACCGUAAGCAAGCAUUUCCCUCCAGUUGGAAGAUUUUCUGGAGAAGUGAACGACUAUUCAACUCAUUAUACGCUUGUGAUUCGCAAUGUCCAAAGGAAUGAUUCUGGUCUAUAUUACUGUGCCAGUAGGAAUGAGUACCUUAACCCCUUAGUAUUCGGAAAUGGAUCACUAGUGCUCAUAAUAGGGCCUCCCAACGUAAUUCUUUUAUCUCCGCUGUUGGAUGAAAUGUUUUCCUUGGAAACUAUCCCAUUGAUGUGUUUAGUGAGUAACGUGAUUUCCGAUUCCUUUCCCAUCGACUGGAAUAUUUCCACUUGGGAUGCUGAGGCUUGGACAGAUUCUGUGACAAUGGACUCUGCCAUGGCACACAGUUUAAUAAGUCACAUCAGAGUCCCAGCAGAAGCAUGGAAACAUGGUGCUGUCUGUACUUGUUCGGUUCAAAUCAACUCAACUGAAAUUCUUGUCAGUGAAAAUCUUCCAUAUCAGAAAGAGCCAUUGAACAGCCCUUGCCUUUUGAUGUUUUAUGGGAGCAUAUUGGUGAUGCUUGUCCUUGUCGUGUUAUUUACUGUCUUCGCGGGAUAUUGCUACAGGAAUUGUGACUUAGGCAACUGGAACACCAGUGAGAAAUCAGCAGAAUUUCGACCACAUGUUCCAAAGAAAGAGACUCUUUAUGCUCACUUGGCCUUUACUGAAGAUCCAAUACUUUGAUGGACCCAGCAUUCAUGAAUUAAAGAACAUGCCC